AAGAACAUAUAAUCACCCACUUGCUGUUUCUUCAACUCUACACAAAAAGACAUGGGUGAACCAAACAGUCACGUACUGUUUUUCCCAUAUCCGUUACAAGGCCACAUUAAUCCAAUGAUCCAGCUCGGCAAACGCUUAUCCAAAAAGGGUCUCACCGUCUCACUCAUCAUUGCCUCCAACAUCCACCGUGAACCUUACACUUCCGAGGACUACUCCAUCACCGUCCACACCAUUAACGACGGUUUCUUUCCACACGAACACCCUCACGCUAAGAUCAAAGACCCUCCACGUUUUAACGAAUCUACUGCGCGCAGCCUCGCUGAUUUCAUCUCUAGACAGAAGCUAACGGGUAAUCCUCCAAAAGCUCUGAUCUAUGAUCCAUUCAUGCCUUUUGCACUGGACGUAGCCAAGGACUUGGGUCUAUGCGUAGUGGCCUAUUUUACUCAGCCAUGGUUGGCUAGUCUUAUUUACUACCACAUCAACGAAGGCACCUACGAUGUUCCUGAUGACAGGCACGAGGACCCGAUACUUGCAUCGUUUCCAGGUUUUCCAUUGUUAAGCCAAAAUGAUCUGCCUUCUUUCGCUUGCGAGAAGGGGUCUUACCCUCUGAUAUUCAAAGUUGUGGUUAGUCAGUUCUCUAACUUGCGGCGAGCUGAUUGCAUUCUUUGCAACACUUUUGAUCAACUUGAGCCUAAGGUAAGGUUAUAUAACUUGAAUGGUGACCAUUAGAGGAAAAAUAAGAACUAAAAAAAAAAGAAUGAAUAGUUGUUCAAAAAAAAAGAAAAAAAGAAAGAAUGAAUAGAAGCAAAAUAACAUGAUUGAAAAGGUAAUUUUUUUUGGUGAAAGAAAAGGUAUAAAAUACCUAUUAUUCUUUUUCAAAUUUGAUGAGAAAUACUUUUGUUCUAUCAUUUCUAAAAACAAAUAAAAAGAAGGGUUUUUGCCAAAACUAACCCACAACUUGGUUUUAACCCCAAUACUAGACCCCAACUUGAAUCAAAUGCAAAUCUAACCUAAAAGGGCUAUGAAAUUACAAUAUAGUCCUCUGUGACCAAACAAAAAAACAGAAGACAUUUUUACGAAUAUAACCCUAGUAAGUUGUCUGAGUUGGGCUGAGUUACUUUUCAGUCGU